AUGUCGACAGCAUCUGAUCAAUCCCGAGGCAUCAACCGACGGAUUAAUAGUAUUCAAAAUGAUUCUCGCCACACGCGCACCCUUUCUGGGUCCCGCCGACGCCCUGUGAGCCCUACGACAGCCUACACAUUUGCUCUCAGAGUCGCUUACCUCUCAUACCUCCUUCAACCUCGUUCGCGCCGUGUACAAAAUGUGCCCGCUCCUUACCUGCGACCGAAGCGCUCGUCAACCUCCUUCCACGACCUGAUGAGCGAUUUCUCUCUUGUUAGGGAUUCGAAGAGCACGCGGUUUCCCCACGGCUUCAUAACUGAACUCGAGAAGAGGCUAACGGGUGUCUUAACCAAGAAAGAGAAAAGAAAGGAAUAUCAGGACCCCUUGGUUGUCAGAACGUUCGCUGCAUUUCUCAAUACCCUUAAAGAGCAGUCAUUCAAGAAGCGCAUGGAGAAGGAUCGGCGAGCCGAAGAUCUUGUCCUUAUUUUCUACUCAAAUGCAACCAAGGAAUUGAGUAAAGGCAAAGAUCCAGACGAUGACCACUGGAAAUUUAUGGUGGACAGGCAUGUCGCACUCUUUGUCCGCCUGAUUUCGCAUAUUUUGAAAGAUAAUGACUGGGCGAAAGAACGACCGGAGCUGGCGAACCGAUUAUCGGUCUUGGAGAAUAAACUCCUUUCCCAGGAUCAGGACCUUGUGCAGUCUAAUGGUCCGUCAACAGUGGAAGUUAUAGUACCUCUAAGUUAUGAUGUGAGAGAUAUGCCUCUAGUGCAACAUGUUGCAAAGGUUUUCGAUAUAAGCACUGCUCAAGUGCAGUCCGACAUUGACAAACACCGGGAGCUCUGGACUGCACAGGCGGCUCUCAAGGACCUCAAAGCCUACCAGACCCAUCUCAGUUUGAACACUCGAAAAACUAUGUCCAAAGAAGACUUUGAGAACGAAGAGGCAUAUGAAAGCUGGAGGAAAAGUGAAGGCCCCGACCUAUCCCAAAUGAUGCUUGCUAUCGUGCAAGCGAACCCUGAGCUAGCAAAAAGCACCCCAGGGGGUGCGCUUCCACCGUUCAAUGCAAAUGUCGGAGACAACAAUGAUGCAGCCCCUGGCGAUUUGUCAAAAACGAAUUCUGACAGGCCGAUUUCAUAUGUAAUCGAUCAGCCAGUGGAUAUCAGUUCGCUAUCCAUAGGCGAUGAGAACAGUGAACCCGAUGAAUCUGACACAUACACAUACAUACCACCAGACCCCCGAUCUAUGUAUGGGUAUAUUUUGGCUCAAACUUUGAGCCAUGACCUGAAAGAUCGCGAAAUUGAAGGUACACAAUUUGCGUCUGAACUCCCGUCUAUGAAGCUCCUCUCGAAGCAGUCAGCCGAGUUCUUGAACGAAGUUUGCCUUCGUUGGCGAAUCCCCUACUUUUCUAGGCUAGUGCUGUUCCUAGAAGUUGUCCGAUCGAAAUUUGUAGACAACGAGAUUGACCUCGACACCCUUGAUUCAGCAUUUACCUAUAUCAAGGAGACACCAUCAUCGGAGAAAAAGCGCAGCAGCUUUGUGGCUACCGUUUUCUUUGACCGACACAAGUGGACUAUACACGAUUUGCUCUCGAUGCAGCAGUUACUCUCCUCUCUCCAUGAAGCACUUCUGCGGGAGCUAUACGACUUCAUGAUGGACUGUUACGAAGGGAGACCUCGACCUAUUGGUCCCGUAAUGUAUGUUCUAGAGAACCAUAUUCAGCUUGAUCCCAACUAUAUAGAGGAUCUGGAGGAUAUCGACCGUUUUCGUUGUUACGUUCAGGAUGGUCUUGCCCAGAAAGCAACAGAAAAAUAUCAGGACCUCCUCGGGCAGUAUGUCCCAAUGGAUCAGGAGACCUGGCAAUUCGACCAUAUCAUUCAGCUUUGUGAGGCCAUAACAAAACUUGCUCAAAAGAUUAGGAAGCGCUACCGAAAUAAUCCGGAGAUCAUGGGGGUCAACCCAUACAAGAUCUUGCUUUCCAACGUGUUACCGAUAUUCGCAGAAGACGCUCAUGAAAUGGUGGCCCGAAUAGUCGAACAGGGCAAGUUGAGAGGGGAGGAAAUCCCAAUAGAGGAUGGUUUUGAUUUAUAUAAGCAACUCACGGCUAUACGUCAACUCUUUAUUGAGGCACUCCCUAGCGCUCCUUUCCCAUUCCGUGUUGAGGAUUUGCUGGAAGAAUUUGUCUGGCGGUGGAUCCGCAUGACAGAGGAGAAGAUUACAGAGUGGGUUGAGCAGGCUGUCAGACAAGAUGCCUUUGCCGUCCGAUCUGAUGACUCAACGGAGAUGAUCCCAGAGGAGCAUCGGCACAGCGUUUCCGUUAUAGACAUAUUCCGCUCAUUCAAUCAAGUGGUAGAGCAAAUGAUUCAACUCGGGUGGGAUGAUGACUUCCAGUACGCGAAAUUCAUGACUGCAUUGUCCAAAUCGAUUUCAAAUGGCCUUGCAAAGUACUGCGAGUCGUUGGAGCAGAUGUUCGCGCGAGAAAUGGACAGGCUCUCACCGGAUCAAGAGGCGGCUUUGAAUCAAACAGCCCAGGAAAAGCUAAUGCAAAUCGCCAAAGAAGCGUGGGCGAGCAAAGAGAAGAUUGAGCCAUUUCAAUUCUUUCCUGAGUCACUGGUCAAACUGAACAAUGUUGAAUAUGCCCUUACCCAGCUUGACAAGCUAGAGCGUGAAAUAAACGUUGAUGGCUGUGCAGAUGUUAUCGCCAAACAUGCUCCUCCACAGAUGCAGAAGAUGCGCAGAUCAACAACCUAUGUCUUCACGAUUAAGGUCGUAGAAGCUGAAGAUUUGAAAGCUUGUGAUAUGAAUGGGGGCAGUGACCCCUAUGUGGUACUGGCAGACGAAUAUCAGAAGCGCAUUGCCAAAACUCGUAUCAUCUACAACAAUCUCAAUCCACGGUGGGAUGAUUCUGUUGAUAUAACAACGCAGGGUCCUUUAAAUAUCAUUGCAACGAUAUGGGACUGGGACGCAGUGGGCGACCACGAUUAUGUCGGCCGCACUUCUAUCAAACUGGAUCCUUUACAUUUCAGUGAUUUCUUGCCGAAGGAAUAUUGGCUUGAUUUGGACACACAGGGCCGAUUGUUACUCCGUGUCAGCAUGGAGGGAGAACGGGACGACAUACAAUUUUAUUUUGGUAAAGCCUUCCGCACAUUGAAACGUACGGAGAGGGAUAUGACACGCAAAAUCACGGAAAAGCUGUCUGCUUAUAUCGGCCAUUGUUUAUCGCGUCGAACCUUGAAAUCCUUACUAUCGCGUGGUCUCAGUAUCUCCAGUGUUUCAAACUUUCUUAGCCGAAAUAAGACGCAAGCUACUGCCACAGGACCAUCAAACGCGGAUGUGGAGAAUGCACUAACUCCGCUUUUCGACUACUUUAAUGAUAACUUUGCGAUUAUGAACAAGACCUUAACAUCUGAAGCUAUGAAAAUGGUCAUGGCCCGAUUAUGGAAAGAGGUUCUUAGUACUAUUGAGUGCUUGCUUGUACCUCCCUUGUCCGACAAGCCAUCCCAUCAGAAACCUCUCACUAUGCAGGAGGUUGAUAUAGUCUCACGCUGGCUCGUGCUGCUCUUGAACUUUUUCCACGCUAUCGAUGAGGAAACCGGUGAAGCAAACGGGGUUUCGAUUGAUAUCUUGAAGUCGCCCAAGUAUCACGAGAUCCAAUCUCUUAACUUUUUUUACUUUGAACCCACCGAGAAUCUCAUUCGCACAUCUGAGAGAAUGGCCUCGGCAACCAUAUCUCGACAGCAAGCCAAUAGAAACCGAGCGUCCGCGCCGGCCCAUCUCGGUUCUGGAGGAUCGGGCGGGUUCCUCGGCGUUCCUGGUGCUCGGCGAGCCAAGAGCAUCAUGCUCUCGCGGAACCUUGGCACAAUGAAGAAGAUGAAGGAGGAGAAAUGGCGCGAGGCCCAGGCCGAGCCAAAUGAUGACAUGAUCUUGCGAAUUCUCCGUAUGAGGCCAGAAGCUGCUGGCUACCUGCGCGAUCGAAGUCGUCAGAAAGAGCGACUCGCAGCUGCUGCGGCUGCGGAUGCCAUUGUGAAACAAAGCCUGAUGGCUGGUGGGGGAAGGAUGACGGGAACUUUGGGGCGACGAUGA